UGAUGGCUUGCGCUCCCAGCCAAUCAGCGCCGUCGGCUCGACUCGGCCACGCCCCCUCUCGCUCCGAUGACGCACGGCGUGUGGUCACGCGGGUCAGCUGAUGUGAACCGAGAGGACCACCACACCGCCGGACCACCAGAACCGCAAGCUCACCGCGGACGACGGCGUCCGCGCUGGAGGUCAUGAAGCACGGCGGCCGGGCGGGGAUGAGCGACAGGACGUGAGGGGCCCCCGCGCCGCGCUCGGCACACCUGUGGCGGAUGAUGGGCUGCGGGGGGAGCAGGGCGGACGCGAUCAUCGAGCCGAGGUACCACGAGAGCUGGACCAGGGAGACCGAGUCGACGUGGCUCACCAACACCGACGUGGAGGCUCCUCUGCCGGUCGGCAACGGUAAAGCGUUUGAGGGAGGCUUGCGUGAGAAGAGGAUGGUGACCACGGGCACGCAGUGCGGCAAGCAGACGCUCGCCGCCGCCGCCGCCGGCGCCGCCGGCUCCGGCUCCGGCUGCAACCACCAUCGGAGGCCCAGACGCUCCUUCAGUGACGUAAGCCUGACGCUGAACUCGCUUUUCCGUCCACCUUGCAGCAAGCCGGUCGCGACCCCAAGCAGAAGACGACGACCAAGGAGGCGGGCGCCUUGAGCAAGGACGCGCAGUCCGUCGGCGGCGGCGACAACGAGGCCGCCAAAGCGCGCGACGAGAGGUGAACGCCACCCAACGGAGCGGAUGCCGUAGACGGGCCAGCCCCUCCCCGCCCCCUCGGUCGAUGGGCGCGGAGAUCGCCGAGAACGCUUCAACGCACCGCGCCGAAGAGCUCGGGAUGCUGCAUCUUUUUGCCCCCCGCCCCGGCCCCUCCACGCAUGCCAAAGCAAAUCCGGCGGUCAGGGAGCGCCGCGCCACACCGCUUGCGACCGGCUUCACUUCAUUUCUGUGCACACGUGGUUGGUUCCCCUUUUCAGAGUGCGUGAGGUGACUCCCUUGUUGUUUUUCAAGAGAAACCAGAAGUGCUGUUUUGUAGAGAGUCUCUGCAAGAUGUACAAAUAUGCCCGCAUGUGCCUACACUUCAUACGGACGAGCCCCAUUGUUGACGAUAUUGUGUGGGUGUUUUGACACUUUUUCUUGUUGUUCGGAGUCUUGUGUUACUCACGUGUACAGAGCACCAGAUUAAAAAAAAAAAUAAUAAUAAUUUGCACGAAAAAUGGUUUAUUUGCACAAAAUACUAACUGGCACACACAAAACGCGACCAAAAACAGAAACAAUGCUAAUUAUCGCACACAAAAUACUCAUUUGUUUGCAUGAAAUUGUGCAAACAAAUAUUGAAACUAAUACCCGAUAAAAAGCAAAUUUGCACAGGAAUUGGAGGAUUUGCGACACAAAUUAAUUUGUAUUUUUUUUUCAAGUUACGUCUGGGGUUGUGUUCUUAUCUGCAUGUCCAAAAAUGGAGGGGAAAAAAAAAAGAUACAUGUGCCAAUAAACAACCGGUGUAUUCGAAUGACAUGCAAUGUGCUAGAUGGCCGCCGGAGAGCGCUGUUGACACGGGAGUGCUCCUUUGACGAGCAAU